CAGCACCGGCUUCACCGGCAGGGAGACCUCAACGGGCCUAAUUGUAUGCACCUAUAUCACCACACGGGUGGGGUCACAAAGCAUGAGCCGACAGGAGAGUUCAAAGCCAUGUCCCGUUGAGCAAUAGAGUGCGAAAAGCAAGUAUAAAAGGAGGUCAUCGUGCUGGAACAGCAGCUUUCGUUUCUGAUUCUCUUUCACUCACAAAGUCUCAAGCUCAAUUCUACCUGUCUCUCAGGAGCAAAUCGUACAAGUACCCCCAAUCAAGUAUACUUACCAACAACCCUGAACACGAGAACUUGCCAUCUUCUAUAACUACAUCACCAUCCACACACCUUUAUCCUCACUGUAGUACCAUCACAUCACGCUGCUACAAUGUCCACUACACACGCCUACUACCCAUCCUAUCCCUCCACAUCAUAUCCCAUCAAUGUACCGCAGAAGCCCGGCUACUACUAUCCACCACAACAACAAUACGGCCGCAUCGCAGGAUCUCCGCCAGAAGCAUCCGACAGCACAACGACUUCAGGUGUACCGUCCUACGAAGUAUCCGCAAACUCCAGUCACUAUGCUGGCAGCCACAGUGACUAUGAUUCGAGUAGCGGUGCCGCCAGUGUGGAUCUACUCGACUACAUGGGCAACCGACUGAACGGCUCCUUCAACCCUCUACCGUUGGAUCGAAGUCUGGCAAAGCAGGCGCAAACGUCAGGCGAGUUGAACGCGAAACACCGUGAACUGCUUGAACUGCAGGCACUGGCUCAGCGAAGACUAGCUGGUGCACAAGCGAGCUUUUCUUCCGGCAUGCGGGCAGCAAAGGAAGUACAGAAAGAUCUGCAGUGGACCCAGAAGCGCGUUGACUCGCUCAACGACCGCGCAGCACGAAAAUACCCCGAGCAGUACAGGACGGCUCAGCGACGAUACCCGGCACCCGUCGAUUACUAGGGAAGAACCCUAAACCGCUGCUGAAUGCGGCACUGUUGAUGAUUUCCAUAUACACACAUUUCGGUUCUUUCACAUGGAGCGCAAAAGCUUCCGGCGGAAUACUGUCGUUUUGCGAUUCCCUGAACGAUUUCGUCUCUUCAACGACGUUCGACGGCCUUUGGCUUGUUCUGUUUUUUCUAUUUCAUUAAACGGCGGAGGUGUGUCGUCCACCAUCUCCGCUCACUCCGCUCCACCCCUGCCUUAGCGCACA